CAGCAAUACAGUGCAGACUUUGAUCUAGGGUGGGUUCGAUUCAAAGUCAAAGAAUUUCACAGUCACAAGUGUUUGGAUGAUACGUUCUGAACAAGUUUCAGUGUUUCCUCUGAAGUGGCUUUAAAAGCCUUGGGAGGCUUGCUGUGAUGUUAGUGUCCUGUAUUGUACACUGCAUUGCAGUCCUGAUCUUCCAGCUGUGUGGGGUGCAAACCCUAUCGCCCAUCACUUCCUGCCCAGCUUCCUGCAUAUGUGAAAAGUCUUUGGUCGUCAACUGUGCCUCACUGGGAUUAUCCAAGGCCCCUUCACAUAUCCCAGCAACUGCCACUGCCCUAGAUCUAUCACAUAAUGCAUUGCAUUCUCUGGCUCCUCUUGAUUCAGGCCAUUUGCAUUUGCAUGGGCUUCAACAACUGCAGUUAGGAAAUAAUUCACUAAAGAGUCUAUCGAUGUGUUCAGGGAGCCGAGGGGUUGUGAGCACUAGGACCCUGACUAGAAGAAAUCAGAGAUGUGUGUCCUGGGCACCUGAUCUACAGUUGCUGUCUGCUGACAGAAACCAGUUAAAAUGUCUGCCAAGAGGACUAGGCAAUAUUAAAUCCUUAAAAGUGCUCCAGUUAUCCCACAACAGAAUUUCUGAGAUUGGACCUGCUGACUUGGCUGGUUGUAUUCAUUUGAGUGAGCUUCAACUUCAUCAUAACCUCAUCACCACCAUCCACCCAAAAACCUUUAAAGACCUCCAGAACCUAAAGAUCCUUGACCUGAGCUACAACCUGCUGGCCACAAUACCUGUGCCAGACUUCCUGUCUCUUCGGAACUUGAAUAUUUUGGCAGACAUUUCUGGAAAUAGGUGGAGGUGUGACUGUAACUUAAAGACAGUACAAAGGUGGCUCAGCUUCGACAGGGAACUGGGUAAUACCGCAUGGGAAGUAGUGUGUUUCUCUCCUUCACACCAUGCUGGAAAGAACCUGCUGUACCUCCAGGAAUCAGAUCUUACAUGUCCACAAGCUGUAUACAACACCCCCGGUAUCAAAGAAGAGGUGACAGUGGAUGAGGGGACGGAGGUCAUUCUUUCUUGUAGCACUGCCAACCAAGAUUUAAUGCACACUCGUUGGUGGACACCCCAUGGCCAAAUCUCUGACAGCCAACAAUUCCUCCAUAUCAGUAACACCACAGAGCAUGAUGAAGGACUUUAUGUCUGUGUCUCAGGAUACCAAAAAGAGCAUGUCUCCAUUUUUUUUGUACAUGUUCGUAAAAGGACUUUUGACAAAAGGCUUCGACGAGAAGCACAAAUUGGAUCCGUCGAACGUGAUGACUAUAUACAGAGGAAUGUCCCCGCUGUACGAGCAGUGCAACAGCCUCAUUUUGUUUUAGCCAUCUGCUUGUCCGUCUUUAUCACCUUCAUUGUGGCUUUUGUUCUUGGUGUAAUAUUAAGACCACUUUUGGAAAAAUGGUACAAACAAUCUCUAACUAAGAGGAAUUCUACUACAUCACCUUCAAACUUGCAGACUUCCUCAACUAGGCAGAGGCCAUAUGUCAACGAAGGCUAUUUGGAUACUGAUGACCAAGAACAUGAAGUGCAUGAAGGACCAAGAGUGACAUUUGGAACAGUUACAGAAAUACAAGAACAAGGGGCUGUUCCAUAUUAUGUCACUGUAGAAGAAAGUCAAUCUGGGAGCGAUACAAGUGUUGCAGGUGUAUAUAAUAAUUUCGAGAAAAGGGAAUCCUUGGCUGAGAAUAUUGUCGUGCACAAAGAAGUGUCACUAAGAGAGGAAAACAAUGAAAGAUUCACUGAAAGUAACAACGGAAUGCAGUUUGAAUAUAUCCCAGACCCAGAAGACACCACAGAAUUCGAGGAGAGGAGUAUUUCACCUGCAACCUCUUUCGAACCGCAUGAAGCACAGAUGUCUUAUGAAGCAAGAGAGUCAACUGAGCAAAGUGUAGAUUCCCCUACAGUCACCAUGAAUGAAGAAAAAGUUGGACAAGCCAGUACAGAUCAUCAGGCAAUAAUACCAGGAUUUAUCACUGACCCGUUUCCUUUGAACGUGUUUAAAUCACAGAAAGAGUGUGUGGAUGAACUGGACUCAGAUUUAUGGAACGACAGCGGAGAUAGCUUUUCGUUCACAGAGGGCUCGCCCAGAUCAAGUAGUCGUGUUUCGCAUGUUGCAGAACUUCAAAGGGAAAUGUCCGUAGACGAACUGUCUGAGAGACUAAGCUCAUGUUACUCUUGCGAAAGUGGAGAAAGUGAAGGAGGACCCACAGAAUACACAGUAAACCCAAUGGAUGAUGAGAGGAUUUCCGUCUCAGAAAAUGAUAUCAACUGUGUUGAAAAACUUUAUCCUUUUGAAAAAGAUGUUCAAACUAAAGACCAGAAUGCAAACCCAGGUGCUCAAUUCAGACAAGACACUGUUACCCUGGACCCAACAGACAUAUACAUGACGUAUCCUCGAGGGGACAGUUUUGAUGAUGAGCAGUUUGCGGAGUACAAAGAAUACUUCAAUUCCUCAAAUAUUAGCAGUUAUCAUGAAGAUGAACCUGCACUAUACAAUGUGCAUCCUGUUUAUAGGACAAGUCAAAAGACCACCAGUCUGCUGGGGGAAGACAGAUCACGUACCAGUAGCUAUAGUGACGACGAGGAAAACAAACAUGGAGACUACCCCAGGAGACUUGAGAUAGGAUUAGAACAUAAAGUUCCUAACACUGAUGCCACACCAGUCGUAAAUUCAGACAGGAUUCUGAGUAUCAACUAUGACAACUCUUCAAGCAGUACAGAUAUAGAAGACAAGUGCAUUAAAGAAAAGGACAGAGGGUUAUUUAAAGGUCUAAGUGGACUAAGUGCAAUGCUGUUCAAUAGAAGUGGGUCUGAAACCAAUAAGAAAGCUGCCCAGUCAGAACCCAAAACAGCAACCACAAACAGUAAGGGUACCGGGGGCUUCUUGGGCUUUUCUUUCAAAAAACAGCCAACAAUGCCUUCAGACUAUGUCAACCCCACAACAAAUGAGGAUAAUUUCUUUGCAACAAUGGGACAAGCCUUUGAUAGACUACCAAAGCUAAAAAAUUCUCUUCUGUUCUCAAUCUCUGUGCCUAAAUCUCCAAAUCAGCAGGAAUCUACCUCAAUAACAGACAGAAUAUCUGAAUCACAGAGGCCCAAUGUGAGUUUAUCUUCUAAAGACAGCAUCUUUGCAAAGAUUAAUCCAACUUUCCAUCCAAUUCCACAAGUAAAGAGAUAUCUUCAUUUCUCACAAAGUAGAUCAUUUGAAAAAGCUUCGGGUGAAGAAAUCAUUGUUAAUGAUGGUGUAAAAACUGAAUCAAUCACAAAAGAUGUGGUAAGGCUUGAGUCAGUGGCAAAACCAGAAACCCAAUCUGAUAAAAUCAGUAUUUGCUUUGUAGGACAAUGUAUAUCUCUACAAGGAAUUCAAAAGGUACAAAGAUACAUCCAGUUCAGGCAAAUUGAGCCUCAAACUGUACAGGAGCUCACUCCAAACUUUAAGGAAGACAGUUUCUUUGAGCAAAUUCCAAUAUCCUUUGAUGAAGUGCCAAAUGUAAAACAGUAUAUCCAGUUUUCACCCUCUGAAUCACAACACUCAAAUCUUUCAACACCUUCAGCAUCAACUGACCAAAUAGUUAAGCUUGAGUCAGUGCCAAAAACAGAAUCCCUAUCCAACAAAAUCAAUAUUUCCUUUGAUGGACAAAGUAUAUCUCUACAAGCAAUUCAAAAGGUACAAAGAUACAUCCAGUUCAGGCAAAUUGAGCCUCAAACUGUACAGGAGCUCACUCCAACCUUUAAGGAUGACAGUUUCUUUGAGCAAAUUCCAAUAUCCUUUGCUGAAGUGCCAAAAGUAAAACAGUAUAUCCAGUUUUCACCCUCUGAAUCAAACAGAUCAAAUCUUUCAACACCUUCAGCAUCAAUUAACCAAGCAGUCAGUCCUGCUUUGGUGCAAAAAGCAAAAUCCCCAUCAAACACAUUCGGUAUUUGCUUUAAAGGACAAAGUAUAUCUCUACAAGCAAUACCAAAGUUACAGAGAUAUGUCGAGUUCAGGCAAGUUGAGCCUCAAACUGUAAAUGAGCUCACUCCAGCCUUUAAGGAAGACAGUUUUUUGGGGCAAAUACCAAUAUCCUUUGAUGAAGUGGCAAAAGUAAAACAGUAUAUCCAGUUUUCACCCUCUGAAUCACAUAAACCAAAUAUUUCAACACCUUCAACAUCAAUUAACCAAGUGUCAAGGCUUGAGUCAGUGCCAAAAACAGAAUCCCCAUCUAACACAAUCAAAAUGUUCUUCAAAGGACAAAGUAUAUCUCUACAAGCAAUACCAAAGGUACAGAGAUACAUCCAGUUUAGGCAAAUUGAGCCUCAAACUGUACAGAAGCUCACUCCAUCCUUUAGGGAAGACAGUUUUUUGGGACAGAUACCGAUAUCCUUUGAUGAAGUGCCAAAAGUAAAACAGUAUGUCCAGUUUUCACCCUCUGAAUCAAACAGAUCAAAUCUUUCAACACCUCCAGCAUCAAUUAACCAAGCGGUCAGGCCUGAUUUGGUGCAAAAAGCAAAAUCCCCAUCAAACACAUUUAGUAUUUGCUUUGAAGGACAAAGUAUAUCUCUACAAGCAAUACCAAAGUUACAGAGAUAUGUUGAGUUCAGGCAAGUUGAGCCUCAAACUGUACUGGAGCUAACUCCAACCUUCAAGGAAGACAGUUUUUUGGGGCAAAUACCAAUAUCCUUUGAUGAAGUGCCAAAAGUAAAACAAUAUAUCCAGUUUCUCCCAUCUGAAUCACACAAACCAAAUAUUUCAACACCUACAGCAUCAAUUAACCAAGUGUCUAGGAUUGAGUCAGUGCCAAAAACAGAAUCCCCAUCGAACACAAUCAAAAUGUUCUUCGAAGGACAAAGUAUAUCUCUACAAGCAAUACCAAAGGUACAGAGAUACAUCCAGUUCAGGCAAAUUGAUCCUCAAACUGUACAGGAGCUCACUCCAUCCUUUAGGGAAGACAGUUUUUUGGGACAAAUACCGAUAUCCUUUGAUGAAGUGCCAAAAGUAAAACAGUAUAUCCAGUUUUCACCCUCUGAAUCAAACAGAUCAAAUCUUUCAACACCUUCAGCAUCAGUUAACCAAGCAGUUAUGCCUGAGUUGUUGCAAAAAGCUAAAUCCCCAUCAAACACAUUUAGUAUUUGCUUUAAAGGACAAAGUAUAUCUCUACAAGCAAUACCAAAGUUAGAAAGAUAUGUCGAGUUCAGGCAAAUUGGGCCUAGAACUGUACAGGAGCUCACUCCAUCCUUUAGGGAAGACAGUUUUUUGGGCCAAAUACCAAUAUCCUUUGAUGAAGUGCCAAAAGUAAAACAGUAUAUCCAGUUUCUCCCAUCUGAAUCACACAAAUCAGAUCUUUCAACAUCUUCAGCAUCAAUUAACCAAACAGCUAAACCUGAGGUAGUGCCAAAACCAGAAUCCCCAUCUAACACAUUCAGUAUUUUCUUUAAUGGACAAAAUAUAUCUUUACACACAAUACCAAAGGUAGAGCGAUAUGUCCAGUUCAGGCAAGUUGAGCCUCAAACUGUACAGGAGCUCACUCCAUCCAUUAAAAGUGGAGGUUUCUUUGAGCAAAUACAAUAUCAUUUAAUGAAGUGCCAAAAGUAAAGAAACACCUUCUGUUUUCCCAAUCAGAAACUCAUUACCAAACUUUGUCACCAGACCAUUCCUUAAAGAAAAAAUAUUCACUAUCUGAUAAACAAACACCAUCAUCUCUGGUAACUAAAGUUCAUGCCCAACCCCAAAAUACUGGAGAUACGUUCUUUGAAGAAAUAGCUGUCUCUCUGUAUGGAUUGCCAAAAGUAAAGCAGUACAUUCAGUUUGCAAAAUCUGAGAUGUUUUCUGAACCACACUUUCUCUUAAAUGAGACGAAAACAACCAUGCAAACAGGCACAGAAGUGAAAAGAAAUAAUUCACCAUCUAAAGUGUCCAAUCCAGUUGUUGAUAAACACAAUUUCUUUGAACAAAUAGGUGUGUACCUUGAUGAAAUACCAAAAGUAAGGAGAAGAAUUCAUUUCACAGAGAAUUUACCACAGCCUCUGUCCUUCCUCCAACAACCAGUGACACCUGAGGUCACAGCAAAAGAGACAUCACACUCCAUAUCUGCUACAAAAUCACGUCAGGACAAACCUAAUUUCUUUGAAGGAAUCCAUGUCUCUCUUGGUAGUAUACCAAAGGUGAAAAAAUCUCUCCAGUUUACACAAUCUGAAGUUAAAUUGUCCAAUCAGUCAAUCCCUUCGUUCUUUGGACAAAUAGAUGUAUCCUUAGAUGAAGUCCCAAAAGUAAAAAGAUACCUUCAGGUCAUUAAAUCUGAACCUCAACCUUCAACUCGGCUUUCCUCAACAUCUGUAAUUACAGAAAAUAUGGCACCAGAACUUGUGUCUCAAAGUCCAUACAUCAAGGGAGACAAUUUCGUUUGGCAAAUAGGUGCAUCAUUGGACGGAAUACCAAAGGUGAAAAGACAUAUUCAGUUUACACAAGCUGAACCUCACUCGCAAUUUCCACCGUUGCACUCUUUAACCAACAGACCGGAAAAACCAAUACAUGCUGCCUCAGAAUUAGAAUCUACAGAUCAUAAACAACCAGCUGCUGGUGAACACAAUUUCUUUGUACCAAUUGGUGCAUCCUUUGAAAUACCAAAAGUGAAAAGAUACAUUCAGUUCUCACAGCAUUCUACUGAUUCUUCAUCUCUGCCUUUACACAGACAAACAGUUACACCAGUUUUGAUAAAAUCAGAAUUACAACUGUCCAGUUCUUCACCUGCUGAUAAGUCAAAUAAUGAAGACCCUUUUUUUAAGAACAUGGAUGCAUCUACUAGUGGACUGCCCACGGUGAAGCGAUAUAUACAGUUUACACACCAUCAAUCAAUGUCUCCAAAUAACCAUGAAGUCACAGCUGAUGUAGCAAAGAAUACAGAAUUACUGGGGUCUGCUUUCCCCAUAGUUGACUUAAAAACUCCUCCAACAGAAGACCAUUUCUUUGGCCAACUAGGAACAAAUCUUAUUCACUACCAAGGUUGAAUAAAUAUAUACAGUUUACACAGUCUGAACCAUAUCCCUCUAGUCAGUCUCCCUCAACAUCUGAUAUUACAGAGAGGCUCAAACCAGAGUUCUCAAUUAAAACACAGUCUACAAGAUCUGAGGCUACACUGAGUCCCACCAUUGAGAAGGACGAUUUCUUUGGGCAAAUAGGUUUCUCAUUCGAUGAACUGCCAAAGGUGAAAAGAUGCAUCAAGUUCACACAAUCUGAACCUUGUUUCUCAAAUCAGUCACAGUCUGCGGAAAUGACCAAACAACAGACCACAAUAAGCUCCUCGAUCUACAAACCAAGCACAAAAUCCAGUCGUGCUGCAAAACAUCUAUAUGGAUCAUUAGAUUUAUCUUUCAAUCAGCUUCCAAAAGUGAAAAGGGAAAGCGAACCAAGUUUGCCAUCUGACGAUGAAUUCAAAGUUACUACAAAGGAAAAUGAAUCAUUUGGCCAAAUAGACGGAAUACCAACAGUAAACAGAUACACUCCAUUCAAACAGUAUAAACCUCAUCAUUUGCCUCCAUCCAUUUCAUUUAAAAAAUGGGAAGCAAUGGAAGUAGGAACAGAAUCAAGGAUGUUUAUGUCAAAUGUAACAACAGCAACUGUUGGAGAUCAUGUGCCACGGCAGAUAAGCACAAGGCGAUCAAAUUUGAACGAAACUGAACGAAAUCAGGCUCUUUACAGAUACAAGAUACACCAUCUACAGUGAAAGUGACCUCAGAAACUGCCAGGUUAAAACCACUUACCAAGUCAAAGAGUUCUCCAUACUCAUCAAAUCUAGAUGGACAGCCAGCCCAAGUAGAUGUAUUCAAACAGACAGAUUCAAAUUCAUCCUCUGGUGACAAGAUAUAUACGAAUACACAAGGACUAAGCAUUAGGACACCAGUAUCUCUAACAGACCCAGAGAACAAAUUAGAAACAAAGUUGUCCAGUUUGAGUGCCUUGUCCAAUGAAAGUGCUCCUUUACAAACAAGAAAGCGUCUCGUUACCGACCCUGCACUUCAGGACGUAUCCCAAGCUCUGCCUGAUACACCUGUGGCUUCUCCAGGAAAAGACGACGUCAGAGAGUAUCUCAGAGACAGCUCUCUGGCCCGUCAAAGGCAAGAACGGAGAAGAUUGUUAUUUCAGCAGAAGAAGCGAGCAAUGAAUGGGUUCAGUCUGAGCUCGGAGUCUUUUACUUCUCAGGAGAGUGAUCAGUAGGGAAAAAUGUCUGACUUAUUGAGAAGGAUCUCCUUUGUUUUGAACACUGGGUGUCUACAAGAAGCAAAAGAACUGCAAACUUCAAGGAAGUCCUUUAGGAAUUUGACAGGAAUAUCACAUCUCUUAGAUGCAAAUUAUGUGUGUAUGUUGAGAUUGAGGUGUCUGAUAUUUCUAUGUAAAAAGUGUAUCAUUUUAAACAAUAAUGUAAUGUUUAGGUAAAUCUGAACAGUAUACUGAUUUUUGAUUCACUAAAUGAAACUAAAUUCAUAUUUAGUUACUUUUUGUUUAAUUCUAUCAAUAGAAAUAUAUUUCAAUAUAUUUGAAUGUUUAAGUUUAAAUAUACAAAUUUACAAACCGACAGAAAAUGCUUUUCCACAGUGACAUAAUUAACAUUUAUUUACCUUAUUUUAGUUGUUUCUUUUGAUUUGGGAAAGAAUUUACAAAAGCAUAUUAUAAAAAAAAUGUAUGUAGAGAUUAAAUGUCUAUAACAAUCCAAGCCUGUAUUAAAAUCUAAAAACUU